CAAUUCAUCCACCUCGGUAGCGUGCUAGCCAACAUAAAACCACAACAUUUAAGCUCUUUAGGCAAGGUAUAUUAACCUCAGUGUUUUGAACACACCGUCAGAGUAACGUUAACUAGUAAAUAGGCCAUUUAAUUUACUAUUUACGUUAUUAGCUAUCUGGCUAAGUAACACUCGGCUAAUGCUAACUAGCUUACUUGCUAACAUCCUCGACCAUGAGCUCACCAAGCUACACCCUCCCUGCUAAAGAAGAGGAGAAAGAAGCCCCCGUAAAAGAGGAGGAGGACUGCUGGACGGAGAAAGAUGUUCUCGUAAAAGAGGAGAAGGAAGAGGAGGCUGUUACAGUUAAACAAGAAGUAGAGGAUGAGGCUGUUACAGUGAAAGAAGAGGAGAAAGACGUGAAAGAGGAAGAAUUUACAGUGAAAGAAGAGGAAGAAUAUUUAAGAGUGAAAGAGGAGGAUGCAGUUUGUGGAAUGAAGGAGGACGAGGGGGAGAUUACUGUCACGUUGGAGGAGGAAGGGAAGACUGGAGAUCUGAUUAACACGAGAGAAAGACCAGACUCAGAGGAACCAGAGACGUCCAAACCAACAAGACGACACCACUGCUCCCACUGUGGAAAGAGUUUUAACCAUUUAAGGGACCUGCAACGACAUGAGAGAAUACACACAGGGGAGAAGCCUUUCCAAUGCUCCCAGUGUGGAAAAAGUUUUUCCUUGUUAGCGAGCCUGAAACGACAUGAGAGGACACACACAGGAGAGAAGCCUCAUCACUGCUCCCAGUGUGGAAAGAGUUUUACCCAGUUAGGACACCUGAAAGUGCACGAGAGGAUACACACAGGGGAGAAGCCCUACCACUGCUCCCAAUGUGGAAAGAGUUUUAACCGGAAAGAAUCCCUGAAAGAGCAUGAAAGAAUACACACAGUGCAGAAGCAAGAGAAACCGUACCACUGCUCCCACUGUGUAAAGGGUUUUAACCAGUUAGGGGACCUGAAAAUGCAUGAGAGAAUACACACAUGCGAUAAAUCUUUCCAAUGCUUCCAGUGUGGAAAGAGUUUUUCCGCGUCAGGGUGCCUGAAAAGACAUGAGAGAACACACACAGGGGGAAAACCUCAUCACUGCUCCCAGUGUGGAAAGAGUUUUAACCGGAACGAACACCUGAAAGAGCAUGAGAGAAUACACACAGGAGACAAGCCCUACCACUGCUCCCAAUGUAAAAAGAGUUUUGCCUGGUUAGGACACAUGAGAAGACAUGAGAGAACACACACAGGAGAUAAGGAUGUAGGCUGCUGAACAGUGGGACAUGGAAUAGAUAAAGGCUGCUGAACAGUGGGACAUAGGACAGAUAUAGGCUGAACAGUGGGACAUAGGACAGAUAUAGGCUGAACAGUGGGACAUAGGACAGAUAUAGGCUGCUGAACAGUGGGACAUAGGACAUAUAUAGACUGAACAGUAGGACAUAGGACAUAUAUAGGCUGAACAGUGGGACAUAGGACAGAUAUAGACUGAACAGUGGGACAUAGGACAGAUGUAGGCUGAACAGUGGGACAUAGGACAGAUGUAGGCUGAACAGUGGGACAUAGGACAGGUGUAGGCUGAACAGUGGGUCAUAGGACAGAUGAAGGCCCAAUACAUGAUGGGUCAGUAGUUCCCAGACACUCUGAAUGUGUCUUGACUUUCCAGUGUUUUCCCUCCUGCAUGUAUUAUAAAGGAUUGUGUUUGUGGAUGUGUUUUCUGGGUGAGGGUUUGGUUUGUGCCCUAGAGCACAGCUGAUUCAAAUAACCAACUCAUCAUCAAGCUUUUCUUGAUGUGUGUUAGAGGACCUGAAAUCACAUGAGAGAAUAUAGAGGCUCUGUUAUAAUCUACACCCGGCACAGCCAGAAGAGGACUGGCCACCCCACAUAGCCUGGUUCCUCUCUAGGUUUCUUCCUAGGUUUUGGCCUUUCUAGGGAGUUUUUCAUGAGAGAAUAUAGAGGCUUUGUUCUGACUGUUGUUUUUGACUGAGAAUAUUUAUUGUUUUUCUCUUUUCCUUUAAUGGUUGAAAUGUUCUGGAUUCACUGACCUUCAUGUCUUAAAGUAAUAAUGGAAUGACCUUCAUGUCUUAAAGUAAUGAUGGACUGUCGUUUCUCUUUGCUUAUUUGAGCUGUUCUUGCCAUAAUAUGGACUUGGUCUUUUACCCAAUAGGGCUGUGUCCUGUAUACCACCCCUACCUUGUCACAACACAACUGAUUGGCUCAAAACGCAUUAAGAAAUUUCACAAAUUAACUUUAAACAAGGCACACCUGUUAAUUGAAAUGCAUUCCAGGUGACUACCUCAUGAAGCUGGUUGAGUCAUCAAGGCAAAGAGGGCCAACCUCGAAGAAUAUAAAAUAUAUUUUGAUUGGUUUAACACUUUUUUUUUUUUGGUUACUACAUGAUUCCAUAUCUGUUAUUUUAUGUGUUGAUGUCUUCACUAUUAUUCUACAAAGUAGAAAAUAGUCAAAAUAAAUAAAUAAAUGAACUUUUCAAUCAGUAGGUGUGUCCAAACGUCUAAGUCAGUUAUAAAUAUAAGGCUGCGCACAGUGCAACAAUAUGCCAACAAAACAGGACAAACAAAUAAAGGGCAUUAUUAUGUGAUCCUGCA